AUGGUUCAGAAGCUGGUUAUUUUAUCUGGACUCAUUUUAUCUGCUGCUUGCAUGGUGCUGCACCAGGCGCCGUUACCGGAGUACUUUCCAAUCCGGUAUGAAGAGCAGCCAACAAACUACGACUUCGCUUACGAAGUCAACGACCCUCACACCGGAGACUUCAAACGCCAGCAGGAGAGUCGUAGAGGUGGCAUUGUGUUAGGCCAGUACUCUCUACUGCAACCUGAUGGUGUAACAAGAAUUGUCAACUAUAGAGCAGAUGAUCAUAACGGGUUUAAAGCAGUGGUGAACAACGAGCGUAGUCCUAAGAACGCGCCUUCUAACAGACAAGGUGAGAACGACAGUGAAGCUUCUGAAAGGCAGGCCAAUGACAGGCCUCAGGUGGAGGAAUCUCGGCAGACCCCUAAUGACCAGCAGGCGACUCCUACACCCUUGACUAUUUCACAUACUUCACUUAUCCAUAGGGCAUAUUUAAACGCUAAAAAUCCUUGGAUAUAA